AUGAACUCUGGUGCCGCACCACUCACAUCCGAACUUCUAGAAGCCAUGCACAGCCGUAUCAAGAUCGGAGCCAAGCAAGGGUAUGGCCUCAGUGAAUGCAGUCCGACAACCCACACCUUGUCUUGGAAGGACUGGCACCGAAAGGUUGGCUCGGUCGGCAAGCUUCUCCCAAACAUGGAGGUGAAAUACAUGACCAACUCUGAAGACGGAUCGGAACCUGUAGAGGUGCCAGCCGGACAGACGGGAGAAGUUUAUCUCCGCGGACCCAAUGUAUUUUCAGGAUACCUUGAUAACCCCACGGCAACAGCUGGUUGUCUUUCUGCUGACGGCUGGUUCUGCACCGGUGAUGUGGGCCAUCAGGACGAAGAAGGAAACCUGUACAUCACCGAUCGUGUCAAAGAAUUGAUUAAAUACAAGGGUUUCCAGGUUGCGCCCGCAGAACUUGAAGGAUAUCUAGCCUCACAUCCAGAUGUGGAUGAUGCAGCCGUCAUUGGUAUCGAAAGCGAGCAGCACGGAAGCGAGGUGCCCCGUGCAUACAUCGUUCUCAAGCCCGGCGUUCAGAGGGGGGACAAGACGGCUGAAAACAUAGCUAGCUGGCUAGCUGGCAAGGUGGCACCAUACAAACGACUUAGAGGAGGAGUCAUAUUCAUCGAUUCCAUACCCAAGAGUCAAAGCGGGAAGAUUCUCAGACGUGUUCUGAAAGACAUGAUCAAGAAGGAAAACAGCAAGGCCAAGGCUAAGUUAUAA